CGUUCUCCCACCCGCCUGUUUUCAUGUCUCCGAACGUUGCUGUGCCCGGGCACUCCCCGCAUGUCUAGCUCUAAUAGGAAGACCUUCCACCCUGUCAUCCCCGCUAAAUUUCGCACCCGACUGUCGGUUGAAGUUCGCCCAUGGAGAUUCACAAUUCCACCAACAUGAGGCUCUGAUGACGCCGAGAAGCCCCGCGAACCAAUAUGCUCGCCAUCACGGCCUCACGUUAGUGCAUGUUGUGCAAUUUGCACAGGCCGUCUCCACGGUACCUUCGCAAAGCACAAAGGCAACACCAUGGCCGAUCAUAUAACGGUAUCGUCUCUAAGCUCCGACUUUGAACGCUUCAACCACCGGUAAAGAUGCGGUCCAUCAACAGCCUUUCAUGGCUGUCCGUUCUGGCAUCCCUGACUACCCCUAUCACAGUCAUCAAUGCUCAAAACAACACAGUUGGACAAUGGCCACUUCACGACAACGGCUUGAAUGACGUUGUUCAAUGGGACCACUACAGCUUCAAGGUCAACGGCAAGAGGUUGUUUGUCUUUUCCGGCGAGAUCCACUACUGGCGUAUUCCCGUGCCUGAGAUCUGGGAGGACCUUCUUGAGAAGGUCAAGGCUGCUGGUUUCACCGCAUUUGCUUUCUACGGCAACUGGGGUUACCACAGCGCGAACAACCACACCAUCGACUUCGAUAGCCCCGCUCACGACUUCACCAAACUCUACGAGAUUGCAGAACGAGUUGGUCUCUACGUGAUCACCAGACCUGGACCCUACGUCAACGCUGAAGCCAAUGCUGGUGGUUUCCCUCUGUGGCUCACCACUGGUGCUUAUGGCAAGCUUCGUGACGAUGACCCACGAUACCUUUCGGCUUUGGACCCCUAUUUCUCUGAGUUCUCAAAGCGUGCUGCUAAGCAUGGCGUGACCAAGGGCGGCAACAACCUCGUCUACCAGAUCGAGAACGAGUAUGGCCAGCAAUGGAAGGACACCGUCAAGAAGAUUCCAGAUUUGCCCUCUGGACGCUACAUGGAUGCUCUCGAGAAAUCGGCUCGCGCCAAUGGCAUUGACAUCCCUCUGAUCCACAAUGAUCCCAACAUGAACACCAAAAGUUGGUCCAAGGACUUUGGUCCCGGUGCUUUAGGCAAUGUCGAUGUUGCUGGUCUCGACAGCUACCCAUCUUGCUGGUCUUGCAACCUGGACGAGUGUACUGGCACCAAUGGCGAGUACGUCGCUUACCGGACUAUCAACUACUACGACCACUUCGUUGAGGUCUCACCUACGCAGCCUAGCUUCUUCCCUGAAUUCCAGGGUGGUAGCUACAACCCCUGGGGCGGACCUGAGGGUGGCUGCCCCGGUGAUAUCGGCGCAGACUUCGCGAAUUUGUUCUACCGCAACUUGAUUUCGCAGCGCUCUACUGCCUUGUCACUUUACAUGAUGUACGGUGGCACCAACUGGGGCGCGUUGGCUUGCCCUGUUGUCGCCACUUCCUACGACUACAGCUCGCCCAUCAGCGAGAACCGCAAGAUCGACAGCAAGUACUACGAGACCAAGAACUUGGCCAUGUUCACCCGCAUUGCUGAGGACCUGACGGUCACCGACCGCAUCGGCAACUCCACCAGCUACACCACUAACUCGGCUGUCAAGGCCAGCGAGCUCCGAAACCCAGAGACCAACGGUGCUUUCUACGUCACUGCCCACGAUUACUCGCCUUCCGGCACCAGGGAGGAGUUCAAGCUUCGCGUCAGCACCUCGGCUGGUAACUUGACCAUUCCUCAGACUGGCUCCAUCGUUCUGAACGGCCACCAGUCCAAGAUUCUCGUGACUGACUUUGCCAUUGGCAACAACACCCUGACCUACUCAACUGCCGAAGUCCUCACAUACUCUGUGGUUGACGGAAAGCCUGUUGUUGUCCUCUGGACUGGUGCUGGUGAAUCUGCUGAAUUCCACGUCAAGGGCGCGAAGAAGGGCUCAGUUGCUCAGAACGGAAAGGCUGCCAACGCCACCGUCAAGGCUGACAGCUUCGGUGUCUCGGUCAAUGUUCCUGCAGUCAAUGGUCAGAGCGUCUACGAGUUCAACAGCGGCGUCAAGGUCGUCGUUGUCGACAAGCCUACCGGUUACCUCUUCUGGGCGCCCAACCUGUCCAAGGACCCCUUUGCACCUGUUGAUCAGUCCGUUAUCGUCGGAGGUCCUUACCUUGUUCGUCACGUUGCCAACGAGAACGGCGUUCUGGCCCUCAAGGGCGACAUUUUGAAGACUACUGACAUUGAGGUUUUCGCUUCCAAGAGUUUCAAGAAGCUUUCUUGGAACGGCCAGGAGCUAAAGACUCACCGCACCGCUCACGGUAGUCUGAAGGCCAGCGUCCGGGCCUUCAGCGGUUUCAUCAAAAUCCCUGAGCUGAACAGCUGGAAGGUCGCCGACGGUCUGCCUGAAAAGCUGUCCAGCUACGAUGACUCUGGCGCUGCUUGGGUCGAGGCCAACCACAUGACCACUCCCAACCCCACUAAGCCUGCUACGCUGCCUGUUCUUUAUGUCGACGAGUACGGCUUCCACAACAGCUUCCACCUCUUCCGUGGAUACUUCAACGGUGCUGCCACUGGUGUCAACCUUGCUCUCCAGGGUGGUCUUGCUUUCGGCUGGACUGCCUGGCUCAACGGCGAGUUCAUCGGCUCGUGGUAUGGUAACUCUACGCUCGGCCAGGGCAAUCAGACACUGUCCUUCAACAACGCUACUCUGAACUCCAAUGGAACCAACGUCCUGCUCAUCGCCCAAGACAACACCGGCCACGACCUGCGCGGUGGCGCCACCGACCCCCGCGGUAUCCUUGGAGCCAGCCUCGUCGGUGGUGGCAACUUCACCAAGUGGAAGAUCGCUGGCGAGGCAGGUGGUGAGAACAUUCAGCUCGACCCUGUCCGUGGUCCUCUGGCUGAGGGUGGUCUUGCUGCCGAGCGUCUCGGCUGGCACCUGCCCGGCUUCGAUGACUCGAAGUGGAACUCCAGCUCCCCAUCCACCGGCUUCAACGGCGCUACCAUCAACUUCUACCGCACCGUCGUCCCGCUCGACGUCCCCGCCAAUGUCGACGCUUCCUUCGCUUUCGUCCUCAACGCUCCUGCUUCGAAGCAGGUUCGUGUCCAGCUCUUCGUCAACGGAUACCAGUACGGCCGCUUCAACCCCUGGGUUGGUAACGAGGUCAAGUUCCCCGUCCCUGCUGGUGUUCUCAACUACGCUGGUGACAACGUCAUUGGUCUGUCUGUGUGGUCGCAAUCUGAGGAGGGUGCUAAGGUCGAUGUUAAGAUUGUCCAGGAGUAUGCUGUUGAGAGUAGCUGGGAGUCGAGGUUCGACUCGGAGUACCUUCGGCCUGGGUGGACCGAGGAGAGGCUGGCUUAUGCUUAGAUGAUGUUUCAAUAGACGUGUAGAUACGCUACGAGCGAAUACGAACAAUGUAUGAG